GAAAUCGGCACAAUCGCACCACUCACACUUUCGGGCCUUUUUUGCACAAGCGCUCCCGGCCGUGUCAUUCAUCGGACUCGUCGGAUUUCAAGUGGCCAGAACAGAACCUUUUGCCUCAACUUCAAACCCCCUGAACCCGGUGUGAGUGGGAGUUCACAAGAGUCGAGUACCGUCUUGAAGUGAAAAACGACUGCUACCUUGGAGCUGGUAUUGGCUGGCAGGUGUGUGAGUGCGUGUGUGUUCCGAAGGAGGGCUUGUGUCAUCAUCUUCCCCCAAAAGGUGGUUCAAAUUUGUUCGCACGGAUAUCGAUCGCGUGAUAGCAAAAGCCUGAACCGAACCGUACUGGUAGAAGGUGGAAGUUAGCCCGAAGGUUGGUAGUGAAAGGGAGAGAGCGAGUGUGGCAAAAGCAAGUGUUUCUGGCCUGGUGUGCUAAAAGCAGUUCAGUAACGCAGUGUAAUAGGCUGGCAGUAAACCGAUUCGGAACUCCCAGGUAGAACGGUGCGCGUACACAAGAAAGUUAUCCAGUAACAUCGGAAAACACGUAACUGCAGCGAUGAGUGAUGCAAAUGUUAACGUUGCGGUCGCGGAAACGGCUGUAGCAGGCUCUGCCGGAAGCGGUGAAGUGACAACGAACAAAAACAGCAAAAAGAAACACCAAAAAGGUCCGGCCAAGCAGGAGGAAAGCAAACCCGUGCCUGUGACGAAUGGUGAGCUGGUUGGGAGUGGAGGUCAGACGACGGAAGAACGAGCGACAGGCCGUGAAGGUAGUGCAAAAUCGAAGAAUAAAAAAAAGAAGAACAAACCUAAUCAGGUCGAGCAAGGGCCAGCGGUUUCCCCUGUGGUAGCAGCAUCACAGCUUAAUGGAGAACCGGGCCAGUCUGAAGUUGCAGUCUCAGGAAGCCAGGAAGCGGUCGGAGAACUCGAUGGCGGCGAGGGAAUGUCCGGCACUGGGUUCGGAUCGAAUCCGGACGAAAUGUUGAUGACCGUGCAGGAAAUGUUGGAGCGUUUGAAAGCGAAUCACUUCUCCAGCUCGCGGUUACUAAAACCGGCCAAAACGCCCGAAGAGGCGCUACACAAAUCGUACAAGUUCUGGUCCACCCAGCCGGUUCCGCGCAUGGACGAGAAUAUACAGGCGAACGAACCGAUCGAGGAGGACAAACCAUUGAGUGAGAUCCGGCAGGAACCGUACGCAUUGCCGGACGGGUUUACCUGGGACACAAUGAACCUGAACGAUCCGCUACAGCUAAAGGAGCUGUAUACGCUGCUGAACGAGAAUUACGUCGAGGACGAUGACGCAAUGUUCCGGUUUGACUAUCAGCCGGAAUUUUUGCAGUGGGCCCUGCAACCUCCGGGCUGGAAGCGUGACUGGCACUGUGGCGUGCGUGUGGUUAAGUCGGGACGGUUGGUUGGUUUUAUUUCUGCCAUCCCCGGUACGUUGAACGUGCACCGGAAGGAGCAGCGCAUGGUGGAGAUUAACUUCCUGUGCGUGCACAAGAAGCUACGCUCGAAGCGGUUAGCGCCGGUAUUGAUUCGGGAGAUUACGAGACGCGUCAAUCUGACCGGCAUCUUCCAGGCAGUGUACACGGCGGGCGUGGUGCUUCCGAAGCCUGUCUCCUCCUGCCGCUACUGGCACCGUUCGCUAAACCCGAAGAAACUAAUCGAGGUGAAAUUCUCCUACAUUUCCCGCAACAUGACGAUGCAGCGUACGAUCAAGCUGUACAAGCUGCCGGAUCAGCCGAAAACCGCCGGCUUCCGGAAGCUGCUCGAAACGGACCUAAAGGCGGUACACAAGCUGCUGGAAUCGUAUCUGCAGCGCUUCAACCUGACGCCGGUGUUUGACGAGGCGGAGAUGCGCCACUGGUUCCUGCCGCAGAACGGCAUCAUCGAUUGUUUCGUGGUGGAAGAUCCGGCCCGUCCAGGCACGAUCACGGACAUGGUCAGCUACUACACGCUGCCUUCGACCGUGAUGCACCAUGCGGUGCACAAGUACGUGAAGGCGGCGUACAGCUUCUACAACGUAUCGACCCGGACGCCCUGGCUCGAUCUCAUGAACGAUGCGCUAAUAUCGGCCAAAAACCUCGGCUUCGACGUGUUCAAUGCGCUCGAUCUGAUGGACAACAAGCAGUUUCUGGUGCCGCUCAAGUUCGGCAUCGGUGACGGCAAUCUGCAGUACUACCUGUACAACUGGCGCUGCCCGAGCUUGCAGCCGGAAGAUGUUGGGUUGAUACUGUUGUAAACGGCGGGUGGUAAUGGACACAUUUUUUCGUUUGUUUUUGUAGGACGGACUGGAUGCGGUGGAACCAAAGCACAUUCUGUACGAACAGUCGUAGGUACACGCGAGAAAAUUGGCUACUUUUGAAAUGUGUUUCCCUUGGCACCUCUCGUUUUUUUCUGUGCUGCAUCAUUGUUUUCUGGGAUUAUUUACGUGGUACUGCGACUAGCUGUCAAACCGUUCUUUCCAAUUACAACUUCACUGUUUGGGAUGGGAGGAUUCUCAGCCAGAUUGGGAACGCAUCGUCUAGGGAAAGCUUGACAAAAAUCAGGGAACAUGGGAGAUGCCUUACAUCUCUCGAUACAUACGUAUAUGUUUAACGUUUAUGUGCUUAACCUGGCUAUUAUGGACGGGAAGGAACGGAAUGAAUUAUAGCCGAAAUGUGAGUGAAAAUCAUGGCAGGCGAUAGAAUUGCUUUACUCUUCGUGUUGUCUUAGCAACGCUUGGCGCAGAGAUCGAUGUGGUCAAAAAGAUUCGGUUUUUUUUUUUAAUGAAUAAAGGGGAACCGUACCCGGCCGUAAAGAUUGCUCGUGUACAUUGAAACAACUGCAAUGGCAGUGGGGGUUGGGAACGUAAUGCAUGUUUUCGUUACUGUACGAAUUAUCCAGUCAAUAAAGUGAA